AAAUUGGAGAGACAGACUGUAUGCAAGGUUAAAUAAAAAGAACAAACUUUAGUCCAUGGUGUCUCUUUACGUCACUUUUGGUUCUCUUCGAUUCUUCCAGUCCAGUUUUGUGAAGAAAUUUUGUGAGUUGUGCGUGAUAUAAGUGCUAAAUAUAAAGGCAACCAUGCUGAGGUCACGUUUCGCUAGUGUGCCAAAAACUAUUAAGCGUAGCGUGAGCACCAAUAUCCCUGCUUUGCAGAAAGCUACCGAUCCUAUCCAGCAGCUCUUUCUUGACAAACUCCGGGAAUACAAAUCAAAAAGCGUGAGUGGAAAAUUAGUUGACCCCACUCCAGAAAUUACAAAAGAACGGGAGUCUGAAUUGGAAAAACUUAACGUACAAUAUGGUGGUGGCAAAGGAGUAGAUAUGGCACAAUUUCCUCAGUUUAAAUUUGAAGAUCCACCUGUGGACACGGGUGUCAAUAAGUGAAUAUAUAUAUAUCAAUAUGUAUUAUAGAACAUUCAUGUAUUGUUGAACUAUUAAAUAUUAAGUAAUUCAUCAUAAAAGUAUACAUAGCUAUAAA